GCAAUUGUCUGCCUUUAUCGUAUCACCAUGGGCAUAUAGCACAGCACUUCCUAUAGAAAAAACCAAAAAAGGAACGAUUCCCAAUUCAGGCUCUUCACUAGCUUCCAAUUUUCAAUUGUUCCAUUACAUGUCAUGCACUGCACAUUCUAAACAAAAAAACAAACAGAAAAGGAGCGUUUCCCAACUCAGACUCUUCAAUGACUUCUAAUUUUCGAUUCUGUAAUACGAUCUGCGUUUUUAGUUUCAAUGUUGGAGUUCUUUGAUUUUGUUUGGUGGAAGCCUCAUUAUAUUCCAUAUUGAGGAAUAAAUUGUAGGGGAUCCCAAAAUCCAACAGAAGCUUCAGUUUUUCAUAGAUCUUGGACUUGGUUCUCCGGCUUUUCAGUUAAGGUCGAAAAUGAGUGAGAUCCAUGGGAACCCAAUUGUUGAUAGCACUGGGCAGCUUGCUAAAGCUUGUAACAACAAUCAAGCAGUUUUGACCAGUGAAAAAGAGACAGAAGGUUCUUCUGGGAAUGGGGGAUUCAUACGCAGAAAAUUAAAUAAAGUGGUUCUAGCCUAUAGUGGUGGCUUAGAUACCUCAGUCAUUGUGCCAUGGUUAAGGGAGAAUUAUGGCUGUGAAGUUGUUUGCUUCACUGCAGACGUUGGCCAAGGUAUUAGUGAAUUGGAAGGUUUAGAAGCGAAGGCUAAGGCAAGUGGAGCUUGUCAAUUAGUUGUGAAGGAUUUGAAGGAGGAAUUUGUGAGAGACUACAUAUUUCCUUGUUUGCGAGCUGGCGCAAUCUAUGAAAGGAAGUACCUGCUGGGGACCUCAAUGGCCCGGCCUGUUAUUGCAAAGGCCAUGGUUGACAUUGCUAGAGAAGUUGGAGCUGAUGCUGUUUCUCAUGGAUGCACUGGGAAAGGAAAUGAUCAGGUCCGCUUUGAGCUCACUUUCUUUGCUCUAAAUCCUGAACUCAAUGUUGUGGUUCCCUGGAGGGAAUGGGAAAUCCGAGGGAGAGAAGAUGCCAUUGAAUAUGCCAAAAAACAUAAUGUGCCUGUCCCCGUGACAAAGAAAUCCAUCUACAGCAGAGACAGAAACCUAUGGCACCUCAGUCAUGAGGGAGACAUCCUGGAAGAUCCAGCAAAGGAGCCAAACAAGGAUAUGUACAUGAUGACUGUUGAGCCAGAAGAUGCACCCAACCAACCUGAAUAUGUACAAAUUGGGAUGGUUUCAGGGCUUCCUGUUUCAGUCAAUGGAAAGGAAUUCUCCCCUGCAUCUCUGCUUUCUGAGCUGAAUGAAAUUGGUGGGCGACAUGGAAUUGGGCGUGUUGACAUGGUUGAAAACCGGCUUGUUGGAAUGAAAAGCCGUGGAGUCUAUGAAACUCCCGGUGGGACCAUCCUCUUCACUGCUGCACGUGAGCUGGAGUCUCUAACGCUUGAUCGCGAAACAAUCCAAGUUAAAGACUCUCUUGCCCUCAAAUAUGCAGAGCUGGUGUACGCGGGGAGGUGGUUUGACCCUCUUCGUGAGUCCAUGGAUGCUUUCAUGGAGAAGAUCACAGCAACUACCACGGGAUCAGUGACUCUCAAACUGUACAAAGGUUCUGUGACUGUAACUGGUCGCGAAAGCCCCUAUAGUCUGUACAGGCAAGAUAUUUCAUCGUUUGAGAGUGGGCAGAUCUAUGAUCAGGCCGAUGCUGCUGGAUUCAUUCGGCUUUAUGGACUUCCAAUGAGGGUUCGAGCAAUGCUUGAGAAUGCAGGCUGAUAGUUUAGUUAGAUAUCUGUGCUUUGUUUGAGACAUCAUUUAUGGAAUGUUGUUAUGAAUUGGGCUUUAUAAUUAAGUUAAACUGGUAAUGCCAAUGCCAUGAUAUGCUGAGUGCAAUUUGUUAUGUUUGAAAAUAAAUAAUAGCAGAGGUAGUGUUUGAUGUUCAA